GCCACGGCCGCCAUGGUUCGCUUCAAGAACAGGUACGUGCUGUGCGAGGUGGUCUCGGAGGACCCGCGGUGCCGGCAGUGCAUCGAGGACCGCGCGGUGGGCCUCGCCGUCAGGGACGCCGUCGGGCGGGUGCACGGGGACUACGGCCUGGCCUGCUGCUCCAUCUCCUUCACAGUGAAGUACCUGAACGCCUACACCGGGACCGUGCUCCUGCGGUGCCGCAAGGACUCCUACAGGCUGCUCUGCUCCGCGCUCCCCUUCGUGAGGCAGCUGGAGAGCCGGAACCAGCGGUACCCCUGCUCCCUCAACACCUUGCACGUCGGAGGUACUAUAAGAACAUGUCAGAAAUUUCUAAUUCAGUAUAAUAGAAGACAGCUGCUGAUGUUGUUGCAAAACUGUACAAAUGAAGAGGAAAGACGGUGUAUACAGAAGUCCUUGUUGAGCUGUUCCCUUACAGAAGAGCACUCUCAAAGUGGAGAUGAGGAAGACGAUGAUGGCCCAGAGACAGACUGAACGUUACUAGUUACUGUUCACCUCUGUCCUGUACUUGUGUAAUCAAGAUGUUACCAGUUAUCUUCAGAGUUAAGCAAAGCAGGGGACAGAAAAGGCAUCUGUUUGUAUUUAGACUUCAUUCCCCCAUUCUGAGUGUUCUUAAAUAAAUAAAUUUUUAAAAAUACAGUUUUACUUAAGUAGGUUACUUGCCUGUUUCACCCCAGGAGUCAAAACCACCUGCACUCCUAAGGAGUGUAGCAGCUCAAUGUGAUCUUCAUGCUGAGGUAGAAGUGAGCUUUAGGCAGUUGGCAUGGACAAGGAAUGUAGUUAUUCUCCUCGAGUACAGAAAAAGCAUUAACAUCUUACUGUUUUUUACCUUAUCUUCAAGUGCACCUGUUAUCCAUAGGGCUGUCCAUUGUUUUGAGUCACAAAAGCACCAGUUGUGUACACAGGAGCAGAGAUUACAGGGAACGCAAGGUAGAGCUGUAAGGCUCAACUCCAUCCGACCCAUUAUAAAACUCAUAGGUACAAGUACUGCUUAGAUAUUUAUUAAGUUUACACCGAUCAGUUACAGGAAAGUAGUGUGUUGCUGGUAUUAUCUCUUGAAUCCAUAGGAAAACAAGAUACAGCUUGAAGAUGCUGCCCUGGGGAGACUGCUCCUGCAGAAGGGACAGUCUUCCUUGCCCACAUCGCUUCCCUUACUUGUUCUAGUGCCUGCGAGAUGUGGAGGUGAGCUACACCAGCUCCAGCUAUUCUGUCUCUCUUCCCAAUGCAAAGAAAAGUUGACUAUAAAUGUGCAGAGAUAAUAGAACACAACAGAUACUGGUUAGACACCAAGUAGUUACUCCUGUUCCAUGGCUUAAAAUGACUAUUACAAUUCGGAAACAAUAGUACUGUGAACGCAGUUAGCUGCAUGCUUGAAUCUUUCUUAGUUGCUUUCUCUGCCCUCACCAAUAAUUUUCCAAUGUGCACAUAAAGCAAGAUGUGUUACCACUUUCAGGCAUCUUGGCUUAGUUUCUUUGCACUCUCUUGACAAGCUGUACUGUCUUUCCAUCAGGUGUAGUUAAUUGUGACCAAGCAUGAAGUCAAGCUGCUUUCAAAGAAUGUUUUGCAAGUGUUUCCUCCAUCCUCCUGCAGCAGUUGAAGUAUUCUUUACGUCCCCCCUCUCCCCCUUCUUUCUGGUUUACAGCCGCAUACAGAGCUUUGUGAAGUAUACUUGUUGGUACUAGCUUCCCACACGCACACGCUUAAGUGCCUCGAGGAAGCACUUGUAUAAUAUGGAGCCUAUUGCUUUGAAAUCAAGCAUCGAUGUAUUGACAUGAACUUUCUAAAUAGGGACACAACCAAUGGCUUUACCAGUGGUGUUAGAACACCUGACUCCAGAGGUCUCAAACACACGCUUCCUUGCUCAGAUGAGUCACAGUGUCGGAGGGAGAGAGCACAUCAACUUUUUAAAGCCUGUGCAAAUGCAGGCAGGCCACUGGUGCAGGCAGGGCUGAAGAUAACAGAAGGCACCCGUCAGUCUUGCACUGUAAGUUAGCGCCAGCUCCCCGGCAUGAAUUCUGUCAGUAGGAAGGUAAGAUUUGACUCUGUGCAACUAAGUGGUAUUGUGCUCCACGUUGAUAUGACAGUUCAGGUAUAGCUCAGGAAGUGUGCAGCACUGUAAGUGCGUGUGCGUAUGAUUUAUUGCAACUGUUGGCCUUGACUGGUACAUUACACCUAUAGUUCAUUUUAUUCAACAAAAUCCACACCACUUAAUUCAUUUGCUCAAAUCAAACCACAAGCAGUGCAGAAUGUGACCACCCAAAGAAAGAGCGGGGAGGGGUCCAGAAGAGGCAUGUUUAUAGCCUGAGGUGCUUAGUGCAGAUCAACUUACAUCCCAGAACCAAGCGGAUACAGGCCCUUAUCCCAGUACAAGAGACCCCAGUUUUUUGCUGGGGGAUAAAAGUUAUCUACAGACUCCAGCUAUCAGUUGUUCUUCCAAUUCAAGAGCAGCCAGUGUCAAAACAUCAUUCAGGUAGUUACCAAGAGCCCUAGGGUGGAGUGUUUAUUCUAGAUGAUCAGGUUACAAAGAAUGCGUAGCCCAUGGUUGGG